CAGCGAAGCAAAUGAGAAAGGUGUUUACAUUUGUUUCACAAUUUUACGCCUCCAAUAUUUCUGUGGGCGUCAUCUUUGCUUAGACACUAGAGUAGACAGUUUAGGCUGGGUUUGUAGGGGCAGGUUCAUUGUGCGGUAAGGUACCUACUUAUAAAAUGUCGAAGACGGUGGAUUUAGAAUUAAAGAAAGCAUUUAAGGAAUUGCAACAAAAAAUGCUGGAAACAACGCAGCAGCUGAAAGUUGCAGAUGCCAGGAUAGAAGUUCUGAAGCAAGGUAUGAGACACACGCAGCUCACAGGAAAGGAACUUAGCAGCAUGCCACCCGAUACAAAAAUGUAUCAAGGAGUGGGUAGAAUGUUCGUCUUGACUGAUGUAAAUGAAAUUAAAACGUCGUUGGACAAGAAACAUGAAAGCUACUCCCAGAAAAUUAAACAGCUGGAAAACAAUAAAAUGUAUUUGGAAAGGAAUUUGAAAGACAGCGAGAAUAACCUCCGAGAAAUGAUUCAGCAACGUAAAGAAGCUGGAGACACCAACUGAUUGUGUU